AAAACCACCAGCAAAUGGUUUACUUUGAUGGUUUCUCGAAAACUUCAGCUCCUAUCCAUCACUCUCUCCCCAUAUAAAAAGAGACCCCUAGCUCCAUAUGAUUAUCCACAUCAAACACAAAUCCUUUUUCUCUAAUUUCGAGAGCAAAGAACAGUCUUGUGAAGAGUAAGUAGAAGAUGAGUUCAACAAGCAGAGCUAUUGUAGCAGCCAGCGUAGGAGUUGUGGAGGCCAUGAAGGACCAGAUGGGUAUCUGCAGGUGGAAUUAUAUUUUAAGAUCCGCUCAGCAAAACACCAAGAACCAUCUCCGGUCGUUAUCUCAGACAAAGAACGUCUCCUCUUCAACUUCUGCAGUGGUUUCAAUCAAAGGAAGAGACAAAAUGAAGAAGUCAGAAGAGUCAUUGAGGACGGUCAUGUACUUAAGCUGUUGGGGUCCCAAUUGAGUGGUCUGUUCUGGUGAUCCGAAGAAAGCCACGGACUCACGAGGCAGGCAGUGAGUUCUCCGAGAACGCCGUUGCGUGAAGAAGUCCUAAGAGAAUACAUACGGUACAUGUACUUUGUACAUGGCAAUGGCAUGGGGGUGGGAAAUGUCAGGCCGUGCUGGUCACGAGGGGAUCGGAGAUGUUAGACAACUUAGACUGGCUAUAAGAGUACAUAGUUGAUGAAGAAAUAUCUGAAAUUGAUUUGGAUUCGUAGGAAUGAAUUAGUUUUUGAGAGCAAAUUUCGAAGUCCAAAAUAGCUUCUAGCUGCAGCUGCAUCUGAGAUAGAUGUGUUGAAGAUCAAUGAAGCUGCUCAAGUGGAGAACCAAGAGACACAGUCAUCAUCACCUGCAUUACCAUUGGAUGGCAGGUCAGCAAAGAGAGGAAAAACAAUCGUGUAAGGAAAUGGGAAAGGAAUUCUGAGGAAUAAAAGUUUUUGUCCUAUAUGUAGGCCAUGUCCAGACCAUGUCCUUUUGUUUGUAUUCCAUUUUCAUUUCUGUAAAAGCAGUGUGUGUAGGGUAGUGGUAGUAUGUACAUAUUGCAGAAUUUUGUAAGCUAGUGACAGUAUGUAAGUCUAUAAAGAGCAAACCCUCUUGUACAAAAAUCGAUACAUGAAUAUACAGAAAACAAUUCAUUUCAGUUUU